CCACUUCCGUACCGCAUCUCCAGCUUCUUGAUGACUUGUCUCGAGAGCUUUCCGUCUUCCUGGUUUUUACGGACUGGAGAAGUUUUUCUACCUGUUUCUAAACACAAUAAAGACCUCACCUGGACGAGGUUACUUAGUUUUAUUAAGAAAUGUUUUUUUAAUGUGAAAUUUUGUAUCCAAACUGUCGUCAACGUCUGAAAUCUGAUGUUUGGAGAGUUUAAUCUGAAAGAAGCAGCGGCGGCCGUUUCCAUUCAGCCCAUCCUGUGCGAGGAUUAAUCCAUCAGUCAGAACCGUCAAACAUGAGACAGGAGCUCACGGUUUUAACUUUUCUAACCGUUUUUACCUUUUACACCGAAGCAGCCACCAAUCCGCCCGCAGACACAGAGCAGCAGGAGUAUGCCUCUCUCAGGUCGAUGCUGGACGACUUCGACGUGCUGCCUCUCUCCAGCCUGCAGACUCACUCCGUCCGCCGCCGAGACGUCCAAACUCAAACUCAUGUGGAGAAGACGCUCAGUUUCAACGCCCUGCAGAGGCAGUUCAGACUGUACCUGAGGACCAACGAUGAGCUGUUCACCGAGGAUUUCAGAGCCGUGGUCGUGGACGAGGACGGUCGGGAGCAGAGCUACCCGGUCAACAGACACAACUACUUCACCGGACAUGUCAUCGGGGAGGAACACUCUCGAGUUCAGGCUCAUAUCGACGAGCACGAGUUCUCAGCUCACAUCCUGACUGACGAGGGCGAGUACAACAUCGAGCCUCUGUGGAGGUUCACCUCAGCGCCCCCCGAUGGUCGCCUGCUGAUCUACCGCUCAGACGACAUCAGGAACCUGAGCAGACUGCAUCAGCCGUCUGUCUGCGGCUACAUGACGUUCAACCCCAGCCACCUCUUUCCUGACGGCGUUCAAAUGGCCGUGCUGGAGGACCAGGAUGACGAGGAGUCUGUGUUCAGAGGGAAACGUCAGGUCCAGGACCACAAGAAAAACACCUGUCCCCUGCUGCUGGUGGCUGACCAUCGCUUCUUCAAACACAUGGGCCGCGAGGAGGAGAGCACCACCCUCAACUACCUGAUCGAGCUGAUUGAUCGCGUGGACGACAUCUACAGAAACACGUCGUGGGACGACGAGUUCAAAGGUUACGGUGUUCAGAUCCAGCAGAUUAUCAUAGAGAAGAUUCCGACUUCUGUAGAUCCAGGAAAAAGUCACUUCAACAUGAGAGGAAGUCCAGUGAAGGGCAGAGACGUCUGGGACGUCAAGAAACUGCUGGAGCAGUUCAGUGUGGACAUCGCAGACAAAGCCUCCAACGUUUGUCUGGCUCACCUCUUCACCUAUCAGGACUUUGAUGAAGGCACUCUGGGUCUGGCCUACGUCGCCCCGUCCAAACCCGACAUCCCCGGAGGUCUUUGCUCCAAAUCGUGUCCUUCAUCUACAAACGAACAAAGAGCGAUUUACCUCAACACAGGUCUGACCAGCACUAAGAACUAUGGGAAGACCAUCCUGACCAAGGAGGCAGAUCUGGUGACGACUCACGAGCUCGGUCAUAACUUUGGAGCAGAGCACGACCCCGACAACAUCCCAGACUGCGCCCCCCGAGAGGACCAGGGAGGGAAAUACGUCAUGUACCCCAUCGCUGUGAGCGGAGACCACGUCAACAACAAGAUGUUCUCAAACUGCAGUAAACGCUCCAUAGUGAAGCGCCUGAGGUCGAAGGCGUCGUCCUGCUUCAAGGAGAGAAACAUUAACGUGUGCGGAAACUCUCGGGUGGAGCAGGGGGAAGAGUGCGAUCCCGGACUGCUGCACAUCAACUCCGACCACUGCUGCACGGCCGACUGCAGGCUGAAACCUGGAGCUCAGUGCAGUGACAGGAACAGUGCGUGCUGCAAACACUGCCGGUUCGAGUCUGAAGGCGAAGUCUGUCAGGAGCCCAUCGACGCCACCUGUAAAGGACACUCCUACUGCACAGGAAACAGCAGCGAGUGUCCUCCUCCGGAAAACGCCCCGGAUAAAACGGUGUGUCUGGACAGCGGAGAGUGUCUGAACGGAGAGUGUAUUCCUUUCUGCCAGGCCGUCUUAAAGCUGCAGCCCUGCGCCUGCAAUGAAACCAACUCGUCGUGUAAAGUCUGCUGUCGCGGCAGCAGCGGUGUCUGCGAGCCCUAUCAGGACAAAACAGGCAACUUCCUGUUCCUGCGUAAAGGCAAACCCUGCACCGUGGGCUUCUGUGACGGAGCGGGGAAGUGCAUGAAGCAGGUGCAGGACGUGGUGGAGCGGCUGUGGGAUUUCAUCGAUAAACUGGACAUCAACACGUUCGGGAAGUUUCUGGCUGAUAACAUCGUUGGCUCAGUGGUGGCUUUCUCUCUGCUCUUCUGGGUUCCUUUCAGCAUCCUGGUUCACUGUGUGGACAAGAAGCUGGAUAAACAAUAUGAGCAGACCACAAAGUCACUGUUCUUCCCCAGUAAUGCCGAGCUCUUGAGCAGCCUAGAGUCCGCGUCUGUACGGAUCUUCAAACCUCCAAGCUUCCCGACCACAAACGCCGCCCCCCUCCGUUUCCAACCAUCCGGCCCCCAGCAGACCAGCACCCCUCCGGUUUCCAACUUCAUCCCCGGGCCCGAUUCCGCCCCUGCUGGCUCCUGUCACAUGCCCCCUCCUCUGGACAGCCCACGCAUGGCCACCAUCCAGGAGGACCCCAGCCUUGACUCCCACCUGGAUCAGGAAGCCCUGGAGGAGGCGUUCGGGCGGCCGGUGGGGUCGGCUCAGCGCUCCUUCGAGGACCUGACGGAGAAAAGCGUGGUGAGUCGCAGCGAGAAGGCGUUGAUGUUCAGACUGAAGAGGCAACAUCAGAUCGACACCAAGGAGACGCAGUGCUGAGAGGCGGGUGGACUUCAGGUGGCUUGUCCUGUUCAGGUCCUCGUGCUCUGGUUUUGCAGUUUUAUAGCUUUUUAAACUGGCUCUGUGCUGAAGACUGCUGCACUGUUUUGUUUUUGUAGUAAAACUUAGGUCUGAUCACACAGGUCUGACAGGAUCAAUACAAAUCUUUAGUAGUAAAACAGAAAAAAAAUCUGCCUUCAGAAUGUCUCCUGUGCGGUCAGACGUCUGUUUCAAAUGGCUGCCCAGUCCUUCCUCAGCCGGGGACUUCACUUCAGUAUCCAUCCUCCUCACGUCUCUUAAAUCAAAAGUAAAAUUAAACUUUUGUGUCCAUUGUAUCGUGGAGACAUGUCUCCUCGGAGCUGCUGCACCUGGGGCUGGGUACCAAACUUUUUUCGGUACUAGUUAAAUGUGGCUCAGAAUAUCAAUGACGUGCUCUAAUCAGCUGUUUCCUGAUACUCGCACUGUCAGUUACUUCAGGCUGCAGAAAUAAAGUGAGAGCAAGUGAGAGACUAGACUCUUUGCUCUGUGGAUGUCUGAUGGUUGGUGGUAUGGUUCAGACAUUCAUGUCCAAUACUUUGAAGUGUGAUUGAAUACCUGCAGAAAACUGUGUGUUUAGUGCAAGUGUUCCCAUUGGUCACUGUCAAUCAAUGUACAAAUUCAGACCUGCUCGUCUUUGUGUCUGAAUUUCACGACGUGUCUUCCACCAUGACACACUACACGGGAUACAACUAGCACCUGUCGGCUCCCACGUAGUUCUUCAACAACCCACAGAACUCUUUUACCCUGAAUGCAUCAUGGUCAUUUUAGUUCCGUUUAACGCCCUGCACUCACUAGUGCCUCAAAACCCUACACUCAUUUUUGUUCCUGAACUCCCCAUGCUCAUUUUAGUUCCCUUAGACCCUGCACUCAAUUUCUUUCCUGAACGGCCCGCGCUCAUUUUAGCGCAUCUCGCCGCGCUCCUUUUAGUCCCUCAAAACCCUGCACUCAUUUUUGUUCCUGAACGCCCCAUGCUGAUUUUAGUUCUAGCGUUAGUCAAACAAUUAAAAAAACUGCUCAUUUUAGAGAGUUCCAAGCACAGAGACAAAAUGAAACGGUUAUUCUUGUAAGAUUUUUUGAAAUGAAGGUACCAGAACUCGGUAUGAAAAAGUUUCACAUGAUACCCAGCUCUAGCUGCAGCACUGAAAAUCUUUUGCAAAAAGGUUGAACUGAAAUAAGACAAUCAUUUGUGUGCACGGAGUUCCUGUCUAACUGAAGCAGUAGCUUUUUUUUGUGACUUAACUCGAUCUCUAAGAGUUGAUGUUUGUCGAGUCGACGGCAGCAUCACAAACCACAUCACCAGCAUUUAUACAAACAGCAGCCUGUUGUGGAGCUAAUAUUUUACUGCUUACAGCAGAUACACAGUGUUAGACCUCAGCUGCUGGUGAACAGUCAGAGACUUCGUCUGGCUGCUGCUGGUACAGACACUCAAAGUGUUCAAAACUGAAUAAACAGAAACAUUCAGACAAAAUAUUAUAGAACUACAGAAUUGUGAAUUAUUCAAUAAAUCCGUGAAACUCAGUUUUUAUUACAAUAUGUUUUUCGUGAGCUGAAGGAUUAUUUUAAUUUCCCUCCAGCAGUUUUUAUUGUGUAGUCACUUUGGUGUCGAGUCAGUCACAUCAAAGCAGCAGUAAAUCACAUGACUGGCUCUGUAAUGUCAGUAAUGUUCCCUGUUUAACUUCACUUACGGAUAAAGACUUGAAAUAGAAAUAAUAAUAAUUUAUUUAAUUUUGAACACUUUGGGCCUCCAUAUUUUAGAGGCAAAAACAAACCAUCCAAAAGAAUAAAGGCACCAGAUCAACCGGCAGCUUCAUCUGUAUUUUACAAUUAUCGAAUGUUAAACCUUCAGGUAUUUUACAUUCUAAUAAAGGACAUGUUAUUAAAAGCUUUGGAAAUAUUUAAUAUUUCAUCACAACAGCAACAAAAGUGCCAAAGAUUUGAUGUGUUCAGCUUCUCAAAUGUGAUUAUUUGCUGCUUUUACUUGUCUUUACAUUCAGAUUAAUUGACAGUAAAAAUAACUGAAAGCUAAUGAUGUGCAAGCAGCCAAAUACUAACCAACAUUAUAUGUUUAUAUGUCAAAUACAGAUAUAUCAAUAAAUGCAGACAGGUCAACGAUUGUAUUUUUAAGAGUUUAUGUGAAAAAUGAAUAUUGAACGACAUCAAAAUCUCAAAUAUAUGUAGGGACUUUGGUUGAGGACAUGAUUACUAAUCGUUCCCUGCAUCUUCUGUUCAUGUAAGAAGACUAAAAUAUUUUGGGAGAAUUUAAGGCAGCAGAGGAAUAAAUGUUAACUCCGCCCCUCCCUCAAAACGAACACGCAAACAAAACCUUUUAAACACCAGCCUCAAAAAUCCAGUUUUGUUCGAGUAAAAACUGUUCGCUUUAAAAGUCGACAUCAAGUGUCUCACUGGGACUUGAACCUUAAUUCUGACAGUGUUAGUGCCUUGCUCAACCUGCUGAGCUACACAAGACUCUGUGUGCAUAAUACAUAUGCAAAUAUCUGUGCUGCAGAAAUAUUCAUAUCUAACCUGAUGGUCUGUUUUUCUGUUGUUAAAGCCACUAUGUGUGAAUUUUAUUUAUGGACUUCAACCAGUCAAAUGUAUUUUAAUUAUAUUAUAGCUGCAACAAUUAGCUGAUUAAUCGAUUUGACAGAAAAUUAAUCAGCAGUUAUUUUACUAUUUGACUUGUCAUUUUUCAAGCACUAAUUGCUAAAAAAGUGAUAGUUCCAGAUUCACAACUGUGAGAAUUACUUGGUUUUCUUAUCGUCUCAUAGUAAAUUGGAUAUUAUAUUAAAGGGACAUUGUGAUGGGCAUUUUUUUUUUUUACGGUUUUGUAAUGUUUUAUAGACCAAAUUAUCAAUUGAUUAAUCAAAAAAUAAAUAACAAAAAUAAUUAAUAGUUGCAGCCCUGGUUUCUAUAACCAAAACCGUGAAUCACAAAUUUACCCUGAAUGGCUUUAAAACAUACAACGCUCUUUUACGUAAUUAAUCAAAUGUUUUUUAGGUCAAUAUUACGAGAUACUCAGUGAGAAUUAUUUUUAAUUCUUAACAUUUCAUCUUUUGCUUUUUUGUUCUUGGUGUUCCUGUGCUUCCCCUAAUUUUCUAAUUAUUCUGAUCAUAAGGAUUUAAUACAUUUUUGUUUGUAGAAAAUAUAAAUGUGUAGUUGAUCUGUUGCUUUCACUUUUUUUUGGGAUAAAUAGAAACCACGUCAAAGAACAAAGUCACACAGAGGGGCUGUAAACCAAACAGAGGUAUUUAGUGUUUGCAUUGUUUUCAAAUCAACUUGUGUCACUGGGAGAAUGCUCAAGCUGUCUGGUACCAGAAUUUAAUUUUCAUAAAAUCUCUUUAUUUUUUAUUGUGUUGUUAUUUUGUGCUCAAGUCUAGUGUUGGUUUAUUUUAUUUUUUUGAAUUGAAAGCCAUACUGUUGUUGAAAUCCCUGUGCCUUCUCUUCUUCUGUGGUAUUAAAAUGCACUUGUCAGUAUUUUCAAUAUUGUGUAUUCAAGAAAUGAGUGGAGUCCUGAACACUGUAAUGUCUGUUUUAGUCUGUUGUUACAUGCUGAUGAUCAUUUGUAUUAAUCCAUUUAAAGGUCUGAGUGUCACUGCGUUUACUGUCAGACUGUGAUGUUGUCAGUCUGCUGUUUGGGAAUAAAACGUUCUACUGUCUGUUUUCAUGUCGGCAAACUGUUUUUCAUUCUGAUCAGAAAUAAAUUCAUUGUUAAAUAA